AUGGGAGGGGCAGUGUGGGAGGAACAGUGUGGGAGGGGCAGUGUGGGAGGGGCAGUGUGGGAGGGACAGUGUGGGAGGGGCAGUGUGGCAGGGACAGUGUGGGAGGGAGAGAGUGGGAGGGAUAGUGUGGGCGGGACAGUGUGGGCGGGAGAGAGUGGGAGGGACAGUGUGGGAGGGACAGUGUGGGAGGGACAGUGUGGGAGGGAGAGUGGGGGAGGGAGAGAGUGGGAGGGACAGUGUGGGAGGGACAGUGUGGGAGGGAGAGAGUGGGAGGGGCAGUGUGGGAAGGACAGUGUGGGAGGGACAGUGUGGGAGGGGCAGUGUGAAAGGGACAGUGUGGGAGGGAGAGUGUGGGAGGGACAGUGUGGGAGGGAGAGUGUGGGAGGGGCAUCGUGGCAACAGUGUGGCAACAGUGUGGGAGGGGCAGUGUGGCAACAGUGUGGCAACAGUGUGGCAGGGACAGUGUGGGCGGGACAGUGUGGGAGGGACAGUGUGGGCAGGACAGUGUGGGAGGGACAGUGUGGGAGGGACAGUGUGGCAGGGACAGUGUGGGACGGACAGUGUGGGAGGGAAAGUGUGGGAGGGAGAGAGUGGGAGGGACAGUGUGGGAGGGACAGUGUAGGCGGGACAAUGUGGGAGGGACAGUGUGGGAGAGAGAGAGUGGGAGGGACAGUGUUGGUGGGACAGUGUGGGAGGGAGAGAGUGGGAGGGACAGUGUGGGCGGGACAGUGUGGGAGGGAGAGAGUGGGAGGGACAGUGUGGGAGAGAGAGAGUGGGAGUGUCAGUGUGUGCGGGUCAGUGUGGGAGGGGGAGAGUGGGAGGGACAGUGGGAGAGAGACACUUAUGUACAACAUUUAG